ACGGAGAAGCAGCUGGAAACCAUCGACGAGCUGCACCUGGAGUACGCCAAGCGCGCCGCGCCCUUCAACAACUGGAUGGAGAGCGCCAUGGAGGACCUGCAGGACAUGUUCAUCGUGCACACCAUCGAGGAGAUCCAGGGCCUGAUCUCCGCCCACGAGCAGUUCAAGUCGACGCUGCCGGACGCGGACAAGGAGCGGGAGGCGAUCCUGGGGAUCCAGCGGGAAGCGCAGCGGAUCGCGGAGCUCCACGGGAUCCAAGUGCCCGGGAGCAACCCCUACACCUCCGUCACCGCCCACAUCAUCAACUCCAAGUGGGAGCGGGUGCAGCAGCUGGUGCCCAAGCGGGACCAGGCGCUGACGGAGGAGCAGAGCCGGCAGAAUUCCAACGAGCGCCUGCGGCGGCAGUUCGGCAGCCAGGCCAACCGCGUGGGGCCCUGGAUCCAGACCAAGAUGGAGGAGAUCGGGCGGAUCUCCAUCGAGAUGAACGGCACGCUGGAGGAUCAGCUGAGCCACCUGAAGGAGUACGAGGAGAACAUCGUGGAGUACAAACCCAACCUGGAGCUGCUGGAGCAGCAGCACCAGCUGGUGCAGGAGGCGCUCAUCUUCGACAACCAGCACUCCAACUACACCAUGGAGGUGGGAUCCGGGGGGAUCCCGGGAUCUGGGGGGAUCCCAUGGGGGCUGGGUCCCAUCCUGGGGGGAUCAGGGGUGAUCCUGGAGAG